ACAGCUGAGCCAACAACUACAGCUGCAACAACUACAUCUGAGCCAACAACUACAGCUGCAACAACAACAAAAGCAGCAUCAACAACUACAGCUGCAACAACUACAGCUGAGCCAACAACUACAGAUGCAACAACUACAGCUGAGCCAACAACUUCAGCUUUAACAACAACUACAGCUGAGCCAACAAGUACAGCUUUAACAACAACAACAGCUGAGCCAACAACUACAGCUGAGACAACAACUACAGCUGCAACAACAACUACAUCUGAGCCAACAACUACAGCUGAGACAACAACUACAGCUGUAACCACAACUACAGCUGCAACAACUAUAGCUGCAACAACAACUACAGCUGAGCCAACAACUACAGCUGCAACUACAACUACAACUGAGUCAACAACUACAGCUGCAACAACUACAGCUAGGACAACAACUACAGCUGCGUCAACAACUACAGCUGCGACAUCAACUACAUCUGAGCCAAUAACUACAGCUACAACAACAACUACAUCUGAGCCAACAACUACAGCUGCAACAUCAACUACAUCUGAUCCAACAACUACAGCUGCAACAACAACUGAAGCUGCAUCAACAACUACAGCUGCAUCAACAACAACAGCUGAGCCAACAACUACAGCUGCAACAACAACUACA